AUGUGCUACACGGUUUGAAAAUGCAGGUCGUGUCAUGCUUUGAAAAAAAUCAUUUUAUACUCGAAUUUGGUGGAAAAUGUCGGACCCUAAACGUGCUACGCUCAUAACAGUGGGUGCUACAAAAAGUGAGAAAAAAAUAGUGAAUAAAACAGUGAGACUUAACAUAAAUUUGGUUGAAAGCAACGAAAGUAAAUAUCCGGAGCUGAAUUACAAGGAACUAGUCAUUGCAGAAGAAAGAAAGAAGGAAAGGAGCAAAGUAGAGAAUGGCAAGACCGAAGGACUGAAUCCAUUCUCAGACAAUGAUGAUGACGUGGAAAGAGUGGCGAGGAAGUUUGAGCAGAAAUAUGGUGGCAAGAGCACAUACGGGCGCAAAGGCCGAUCCAAGCAUGAUGACUUUGCUGAUAUCGGAGCGGGCUACGAUGAAAACGACUCCUUCAUUGACAAUACGGAUGGGUACGAUGAGAUGAUACCGCCGGAAUGCGACACGUUCUAUGGAGGCUUCUACAUCAACAGCGGAUCUCUGGAGUUCAAGAACGUGGAACACCCGUCGUAUGAAGAUGAACCCCGUGGGAGGAGGAAUAAGAGGCGAAUCUCAUCAAGCAGCAGCGAGGAGGAUUCAUCGGAGAGCUCAUCAGAAUCGGAGAGCCAGGACGAGAAGGACGCAGCUAAAACUAUCGCUAAUGGCGCCGUCGAUUCGCAUAAGACUGAACAUCGGAAAAAGAAAAACAAAACCGUCGAUAUGAAAAAGGCUAAGAAGAUCCGCAGGACAGAUUCCUCCGCCGCCACUUCUGGAAAACAAACAUCUGAUGACAACGCACACGGAGACGGCGAGAGCGAUUCGCGGACGUCACAAUCUGACUCACUCACGUCAAAGCCCAACCCUAGUUCUGAAAACGCCAUCACUUCCGAUAGUUCCCGAGAUGUAGAGGCGAAAUCUGAAGUGAAGUUGCCGCCACUGGUGGCGACGAUACUCGACGAGUUAGAAGCGAUGGUCAGCCGGCAGAUGGCUGACAAACCCAACGCCACGCAUAAGGAGAUUGAGGCGCGAGCUGAGCCGCUGGUUGUCAGGCUAGAACAGAUCCUCACGAAGUGUUCAGCCGAGCAGCGCGUGCGCCGCGUGUCGUGGACGCGGGCGGCGCGGACGCUCAACGUGUCGCGCGCUAAGCUGCUGCACAAGGUCAAAGCCUUAGCCGCCACCGACAACAGGAAUGACCAUCCGCCAACUACCUCCCAACCUCCUGCCAACUCCACACCAGCAGCUGCGCAACCUGUCAGCAAGCACAAGAUUGAUGAUGGCCUUGGUGACUUCGACCCCGCGAGGCUUACUGACGCCGAGAGAGAGGCCAAAAUUGUUGAUACUUUACACAGGUUAAAAGUGCUGAUAGAGGAACGCAAGCCGGACAUGAUGGCGAAUUACAACGCCGAAUGUGAAAGAGUUCAGGAAGAGAGGAAAAAGAUCCAAAUCGCGUCAGCAGCGGAGGGGGCCCCAGUGGUGGAGAAGCGUCUUCCCAAACGUCGGUUCCCGUGGUGCCCGCGCAGCAGGGCGCUGUUGGCCACCCUGGUGCGGCUGGCGGGGAACCAGGACGCAGCCGCGCUGCUGCUGGCCGUGCGGGCCCUGCCGCUGUUCCCCACCGGCUUCGUCAGGAUGCCCACCCUGCUACGACAGGCCGACCUCAGCAAAGAAAUAAAAGUGACAGAUGUGAAACGGCAGCGAUUAAACUCUACAUCACAACCGGCUGCUGCGCCCACAAGCGUCAUACAACCGCCGCAAAACUUCCCCGAACCCAUACACUUCCCCAGCUCUCUCACUGUCACCACUAUGAAGAAUACACUCGACAAAACAGAAUUGUCCACCGUUACAGAUGAAAAGGACAAACACAAAUCAACAUCCAUAUUCGGCAACAUUAUCAACACAUUCUCCCUAAGCAGAGACCUAGUAGUUGUAGAGAAGGAUGAUAGAAACAAAGAAGUUAUAGAGAAAAAAGAAGAAAUGUACAUUCCUCCAAACAAUAUUGGCAGUAUAACUAUUACGCCUGUGCCUAGUAGUCUGCCGAAGAUAGAUAAAAAAGUCAAUAAUACAUCAGAUAAGCAACAAAAGGAAGGUUUGAUCCGGAUAAAGUCGCCAGCAGCAUUGAAUGAGAUGAUUCAUAAGCAAGAAAAAGUGAAAGCGUUAGAGAAUAUACAUAAAAGAGACAAGGAUAAGCAUAAAGACAGGAAGGAAAAGAACCACAACAAUUCCGUCAAAGAGAAAUUGGACACUCCGUUACACAUAGAUACAAGUUACCAGCCGAAGCCUAAAGAACCGACUCCAAGCCCAAAGACUAAGGAAGAAAUCACUCAGAAACAGAUUGAAAACAUGAGGGUGGUUGAGAAUAACAUACCUAGGCCUGGGUUGGUGCCCGUUCAUCACUCCCCAACCUUUGCAAAACCUGACAAACGGCCUCCGGACCUGAAAAAGAAGAAGGAUUUGGUGAUAGUGUCUGACGUUGAUCCGUUAGGUGACAUACAAACGGAGCCACUUUCAGUGGAUGAUAGCAGUAGUGACGUUGAAGUGGUCGAAGAAAAAAGUGAUAAAAGUGAUUCAGUGCCUUCUAAAGACAAAGUGAGUGUGCGUGAAGUGAAUCACAAGAAAGAUUCAAAAGACAAUAAAAGGGACAAUGAAAAACGUAGUGAUAAGAUGGAUGAGGCAACAAAAGAAGAUUUCGAUUCCGUCAUGAAGAACCUAAGGGAUUUGGAGCAUUCUCAAGAAGCACCAAAAUUCAACAGUUCCUAUGGCGGAGUUAUAACCAGUGCUAAACGCGAGAAGAGUACCAGUCAGUCGUACAACUCACGGAGUACAAUAUUUGGAGAUUCUCGCUCAGACAAAGACAAGUUAACAAACUUCUUUGAACAAAAUGGAUGGAUGUAAUGCCGUCACCGGUUGACGUCACAAAAUCCAGUCUACAGUUAUAUUAUGAAAUGAAAAUAUGAGCGUUGUUGAAUCGAUAGUCUAUAGUCCACACGGGGCUCUCAACUUGUUGUUUAUGAAUGCAAUGCUCCAAUUGGGAUUAUUUUGAAGAUAUUUAAAAAAGAAAAAUGUUCGUUUUAAACAACAUGCAGGGUCAACCUCUUCGACCAAUAAACGCAGCGAAUGCUGCUGUAGAUAGACGUUGAGCGGCUAUUGGUCGAAGCCUUCGGUAUAAUCCGCACCGCAGUUCAUAUAAAAAAGCAAUAUAUUGCUAUUUGACAUUUGUUGGCAUCGCCCAUUUACUUUUAUAUGUACAAAUAUCAAAAUUGCUAUAUAUUGUUUUUUAGAUGAAUUGCAAUGUGGCCUUUUACCCACUGUCAUAAAUCAAAAUCAAAUUCAAUCUCAAAAGUCAAUCAAAUCAAAUUCAUUCUAUAACGUAGGUCGUAGAAAAUCAAUUUUACUUUACUUUUAUUUUAACUUAUUAGUCUUAUUACUAUCGGCCCAUUUACGGUAAUGCUCUUCGGCCAAGUAGUAUGUUAUCUGAAGCAAAUCUAUUGUCACGUCGAAAAAAAUGGUUAUCCUCUAGGGAUAAUUAUUGUCUUUUCUUUUUUAGAGAAUAAGUUGCCUUCGUUAAACGUUCUAAUUUCAUGGACGAUGUGAUGAAGCCGAUUUCGGCUUCGGUGACUGCUUCAACUCCGACGUUCAUGUGCUCGCAUGUGGCUUAUAUAGCCAAUCUUAUUGGAAAACAUCCUCGCACAUAGCGGGCAUGUGUGCACACCAUUUAAAUUUGUAUAAUUGAUUGAUUAAGCGCCGUCGAUGUUCAAAGUCAUGAACUUUGGUGUGAACCAUUUCAUGGAUAACAGACGUACACAAUUUAACUUUGUUUUUGAAUAUAAAUGAUGACCCUUGUUAUUACACGCAGGCACAACACAUCUUCCACCCAUUAUUAUUCUGUUCAAAACAAAGAGAAGCAUCAUAGGUAGCGACGUUUCUAUACUAUAUCUGAUCCAAAUAUCAAGCAACUACUAUUUUGAUAUACGCCUCUGCCAUACAUUAUAUGUUUAGUAGGUAAUUACGUUACAUCUGUACAACGCCAUCUACAUUGAUUUUGGCGAAUGUAGCUACAUUACAAGCUUGUACCCUCAUUAUACCAAUCCCAUAAUCAAUAAUGACGAAUUAAAUUUACCUAAAUGAAAUUGCAUUUAUAAACACAAGUGUAACACCACUCUUGUUGUACACUAUACAUUUUAGGUUUGUAUAGAACACUGUAUUUUGCAUGGUAUAAGAAAACCAGGUAUGCUCAAAAGUGACAGCUAACAUUUCAAGGUUAGCCCAGCUGACGUCAUCCCACCCUGUCUUGCCAUUUUGUAAAAAAUAAAUUACCCACGACAUGUUUUUAUGUAUACUUUGCAAGGAAAUUUUGAACUUUUUGUAAAAGAUUUACUUACAGUGUUAAUGAUUUUUAUUAAUUAAAUAGAUUAGUAAUUCGCUUAAUUUCCAAUAAUAAAAUUUACGUCGUUAGAAUGUUGGAGAUACCCAAUUUAAUGGUAACACAGUGGUAACACUUACGUCAUCAAUGAGCUAGCAAUGGCGGCUUGUCAUAGGAUUGAGCAUACCUGGUCUUCUUAUACCAUGGUAUUUUGUAUAAAUAACUAUGGUAUAGUAUUUUUACGUUCGUGUAACUAAAUACUGCUCCACAUCACCAAAAAAUGUAUUAAAAUAAUUUUUCAAAAGUAGAAAACGUAGACUGAAUCUAUAUAUCUAAGAUUUUUUGCGUUUGUAAUGUAGUAACGAUUUUUAUACACGAUUUUGUAAAUACGCUUAAGAAAUUGUGAGUGAAGCAAUAAUUGAUGUUAGAGUUCAUUUUCUUUUUCAAGCGGCAACAUUAAAGGUGAUUACGCUACACGAUUGGUGCAGAAACCAGUGUUGCCAUUUAAUGGUAAGAAAUUGUACCAUUUACAGUAAAAAUCACACACAAAGAAGUCCAUUUUGACAGCUGUCAAACUCAUCGCAUACUACCCCGGACACUGCAUACAAAAAUUGUAUUCUUACAGUGUGCGCGCAAAUGCGCGAACGAGACAGGCAGUCAGCGCGCUCUCCUUAUUCCUUAGCGACUUACAGCCAUUUAAAAGUAAGCCCCAGAGGGGGUGAGAUCAACGCCUAAUACGAAUUGGUGCGGGGCAGAGAGUUAUCGUUCCAUUCGUAGUAUUGUUUAUUCUAUGCUUAUAGUAAACGAAAACCAGUAUGGGGAAUUAAACCUUAAGAAAACGUCACAAUGGACUUGACUUGUGACUGUUACUUUAUCUUUUUAAAAUGAGUGAGCAGGGACGUUACAAUGGCCACAUCGAAGCAAUUCAUCUGUUAUUUGACAUUUGUUUGCAUUGCGCACUUUAUUUUUUAUGCGCAAAUGUCAAAUUGCUUUCUUUGAUGAAUUGCUUCGAUGUUGCCAUUUUAACCUCCCUGUAUAUUUUAGCAACAAGUUUGUUUAUUAUUUUAAAUCUGAAUUGUUUAAGUGGAGCAGUAAAUUAUUUUAUUACAUAAAGUUACUGUGAGAGUUAUGUUAGGUUUUAUUUAUUAAGCUCCUAUUGGUUCCAAAUACCUAAUUAUGAGGAUGUACGUAUUGAAAGAUUUUAAUCCAAAUUCCAAAUUAAGCCCAAUGUAUAAUUAUGAAUAAUAAAUAUUUAUAAUAAAUAGA